AUGGAGUCCGGCACACUUCCGUGCCCCCACUGGACCCCCGUGGAUAGCUCUCCGUCAGCUUCUUGUAGCAGAGUCAUCGCAGCGCCAUCGAUUUUUCUGGAGAAGAUUCUGACAUUCAAUCCCAUGGACCGGCUGACCGCAGAGAUGGGUUUGCAACACCCUUAUAUGAGUCCCUAUUACUGUCCUGAAGACGAGCCUGUUUCUCAGCACCCAUUCCGGAUUGAAGACGAGAUUGAUGACAUUUUGCUGAUGGAAGCGAACCAAAGCCAGAUGUCCAACUGGGACAGGUACCAAGUCAGCUUAUCCUCAGAUUUGGAAUGGAGGCAAGAGAAGUGCCACGAUUUGGAGGAGGUGCAACGAGAUCCCAGAGCGGGGUCAGAAUCCAUUGCUGAGGAGGCUCAGGUGGACCCGCGCAAAUAUUCCCAGAGCAGCUCCGAGAGAUUCCUGGAGCAGUCACAUUCCUCGAUGGACCGAGCGUUUGAGGGAGAUUACGGGCGGUCGUGUGAUUACAAAGUGGGGUCGCCUUCCUAUUUGGACAAGCUCUUGUGGAGGGACAACAAGCUCCAUCAUUAUUCAGAGCCCAAGCUCAUCUUAGACUUGUCCCACUGGAAAAGGGCAUCUAUUGCACCUACGGCGGAGAUCGCCUUGGAGGAGGAACCAUCCAACCUAUUCCUAGAGAUAGCCCAGUGGGUUACAAGUACCCAGACAGGACUUGAAUGCCCAAAUCCUCUCCCAGAGAUCCAGGAGAGGAGCUUACCAUCUUCUCCUCACCAUCUCCACAAAGAAGCUAAGGAGGUCGGCAGCGAAAGCGACCCCCAGUUUGACUUGGACGUCUUCAUUUCCAGGGCAUUAAAACUUUGCACAAAGCCAGAAGAUCUGCCUGACAACAAGCUCAAAGACAUCAACGGCGCAUGCCUAGCAGAGCACCCUAGUGAGAUUGUACAGACGGAGGUGUACCAUAAAGAGAGGUGGUAAAAUAAUAAUAAUAAUAAUUAAACGUUGCUGCUGGUA